UUUUUAAGAGUCACAUGGUGGUUUUUCCGCUUUCCCAUGACACUUCAGAGCAAAUAACCGCUGAACGAGGCGUGCCAUGCCGCCUUGUUGUCAUUGGUCAUCUUCCUCUGGCCACAGCUAUCGGCACCGGGAACUACUCGGCGCCGACCACCGGCCUGGGACAGCCGAAGCAGCGGCGGCCAUCACCACCGAGUACCGUGGACGUAAAAGCGGACAUAUUAAACACAACUACGGAGUUGACCAGAAGCAGGAAGUGGGGGGCUAUAGAGUUUGUCAACGAGCGGCAGUGGGCAAACUAAGGAAGCAGCAGUCAUGUCCAACGAACGCACGCCCCUCGUUACUUCAGGGAUUUGUGGUCUGACGGUGGCAGCAGCAACAUGCGGCGCCGUACGGGACACGUCCCCCGACUCCAGCUCUGGCCCACCCAGCAAAGAGCCUCGGAAGCUCAACACCUUUUUCGGGGUGAUGGUGCCGACCAUCCUCUCCAUGUUCAGUAUCGUACUGUUCCUGAGAACAGGGUUUGUUGUUGGCCACGCUGGUCUCCUGGAAGGUCUUCUGAUGGUGGUUGUAGCCUACACCAUCAUAACGCUCACCAUCUUGUCUAUCUGUGCCAUUUCCACCAACGGAGCCAUACAAGGCGGUGGUGCCUACUACAUGAUCAGUCGAUCCCUGGGACCUGAGUUUGGAGGAAGUAUUGGUUUGAUGUUCUUCUUGGCCAAAGUGUUUGCGUGUGGAGAAUAUGUUCUUGGUCUUGUGGAGGCUAUACUUGACGUCUUUGGCGUGGAUGCUGAAACAUCCGUGUCCGAGGGUGUGCGCGUGCUCCCUCAAGGUUACUGGUACAUCGUGCUCUACUCCUCUGUGGUCCUCCUCUUGUGUCUUCUGGUGUGUCUGGUGGGCGCCCACAUCUACUCCCGCACCGCCUUCGCCAUCCUGCUGCUGGUCACCGUGUCGCUGUUGUCCGUCUUUAUCAGCUCUUUGGCCGUCAAACCUCUAGAUUUUGUCCUCACUCACUUGGGUCCUGGCAACCAGACCCAGCGUUAUAACGCCAGCUACACCGGCUUUAACCUAACAACGCUGAAGAACAACCUGGGCCCUGGUUACUCGUUGGACUACAGCACCCACACUGUAAUGUCCUUUGCCACCGUGUUCGCCGUCAUGUUCACCAGCUGCACUGGAAUUAUGGCUGGAGCCAACAUGUCAGGAGACCUGGAAACUCCAAGCAUAUCCAUCCCCAAAGGUACCAUCGUGGCCGUCAUUUACACAUUCAUUGUCUACGUUCUCUUCUUCCUCCUGGUCAGCGCCACCUGUGAAAGGACUCUGCUGAUUCAAGAUUAUGGCUUCCUCCAAAGAAUAAACAUUUGGCCGCCAUUUGUGACCAUAGGGAUAUACUGUGGCGCCCUCUUCGCCGCAAUGUGCUCCAUGAUCGGAGCAUCCCGUAUCCUGCACGCCCUCGCUGUGGAUAAACUCUUUGGUUUGCCAUUAGCCCCUGCCACCAUCACAACCAGCUCAGGGAACCCAUGGAUGGCUGUGCUUUACACGUGGGGGCUGGCACAGUGUGUGGUGUUUGCUGGUCAACUCAAUGCUGUUGCCAGCUUGGUGACUGUUUUCUACUUGCUUGCCUACGCCGCGCUUGACUUGGCUUGUUUGGCCCUUGAGUGGGCUUCAGCGCCAAAUUUCAGGCCGACCUUUCGGUUCUUCUCUUGGCACACGUGUCUGCUGGGGAUCCUGAGUUGUUUAGUCAUGAUGUUCGUCAUAAACCCUGUGUACUCAUCGGGUAGCAUCGUGCUCCUGUUGUUGCUGCUGCUCUUCCUCCACUUCCGUUCUCCCACCAGCAGCUGGGGCUACAUCAGCCAGGCUCUCAUCUUCCAUCAGGUGCGCAAGUAUCUGCUGAUGCUGGAUGUGAGGAAGGACCAUGUGAAGUUCUGGAGGCCACAGGUGCUGUUAAUGGUCGCCAAUCCGCGAUCUUCCUGCCAGCUUAUCCUCUUUGUCAACCAGCUGAAAAAGGGAGGACUAUAUGUGUUGGGCCACGUGCAGCUCGGGGAUCUAGAUUCUUUUCCGUCAGACCCUGUGCAGCAACAGUACAGCUUUUGGUUGAGUUUAGUCGACAAGCUCGGGGUGAAGGCCUUCGUAGACCUGACGCUCUCUCCUUCUGUCAGACAGGGAACGCAACAUCUUCUGCGCAUCACAGGUCUCGGUGGCAUGAAGCCCAACACCCUGAUUUUGGGUUUCUAUGACAACUGCACCCCCGAGGACUUCUUCCUUCAAGAUACAGCCUUCUGUGGCACGUCACUGGGACAAGGCACAGAGGGCGAGUAUAAUUUUGGGGUUGACCUGCCUUCAUUACAAGCUCAUUUCCCUCCGGUCCGACAUGUUGAGAGCCCACGCUGGCUCUCGCCCGAAGAGUACGUCGGGAUCAUUUCGGACGCCAUCAAAAUGAACAAGAACGUGUGCCUGGGACGUUAUUUCUUCCACUUAGAAGGCGAGGGGAAGCAGAGCAAAGUGGACGGGUCGGAGCGGACCAUUGACGUGUGGCCUCUCAAUCUGCUGCAGCCGGGCUGUGGAGAUUAUCAGGACGUGUGCAGCCUGUUCUUGCUGCAGAUGGCGUGUGUGCUCAACAUGUCCAGCAAGUGGCGCCAUGCCAGGAUGAGGAUCUUCCUGAAUGUGGAGACGGAGUCCAGCGACCAGGGCUGGGUGGUGAACGAAGAGACGUUUCGAGAGUUACUGAGGAAGCUCAGAAUCCGGGCGUCCAUUAAGAUCGUGCCGUGGGACUCGGUGGUGCAGCACUACACUCAGCCAACGAAGGACGCUGAGGAGCAAAGCCACACCCUCUCGGAGCUCUUCUUGUCCGCGGUGAACUGCAUGUUAUUGGAGCACAGUUCUCAGGCUGCUGUCCGCUUCCUGUAUCUACCGCGACCUCCUGCUCACUACAGCCAAUCGCAGGGGUACUUGGCUCACCUGGAAGCUGUGACCAACACUUUAGGGCCAACGCUCUUCAUCCAUGGCGUCACACCGGUAACAUACACGGAUCUGUAAGCAUGAGCGCUUAGAACGCUUCCCUAAAUGCUUAUUUAAAUCUUCUUAUACAAGCACUGGUUACAUAAAGUGGAUACAAGGGUUCGCUUUAUUAGGUACAUUUUAUGAGGUAAUUGGUUUGACAGUAUUUUUGUUAUUGUACAAACUGAGCAUUACUGUAUUAGCGUUGAAACAUCUCUUGUAUUCGAUCCAAUUACAUGGUGCAGGUGUACCUAAUGAUCUGUCUGGUUUGUGUACGGUACUACAUUCUAAACUCUGUUACAGUCAGUGUACAAUAAAUAUAUAUACACACCUAUAAUACUAUUGUAGUAGGAUAUGUUCCUGUACUGUUUGUUUUCAUGCACUUGGACUGCUGAGAUUGUGGCACUUAUGAUUAUUGUUAGGGAUGUCCCGAUUCAAUAUUGAUAUUAGUCAGCAAAAAAACUAAUAAAAAAAACGUAUCGGAGGAUAUCAGCUUGGAUCUACAAGCACUCCUGCAGUGUGUUUACUUGUGCAAAGCUGGACAGCCAGUUAACAUCUAAAUGUCCUCCGAAAGGCACACAGGAUUGGUCUUUUCUUGUAUUUUAGUGAUGUCAUUUACAAGAGGUAAACAUGGUAGGCGAUAGGCUACUAGGAGCUUGCAGCUACACAACAGCUAAGCACACAAGCUUGACGUGUGCAGUACAUGUCCUUAAUUGUCAAUGUUUGUCAAUAUAAAUAAGUAUGAAAUAUUAUAGUUGUAUAUUACCGUAAUUUCCGGACUAUAAGCCGCACCUGACUAUAAGCCGCACCAGCUAAAUUUAGGGGAAAAUACAGAUUGCCCCAUAUAUAAGCCGCACCCGACUAUAAGCCGCAGGGUUUUGAUGUGUAAUUACCGUAGUAUAUAGGGGUUCCUGCUACCACGGAGGGGAUUGUCGGGACAGAGAUGACUGUUUGGGAACGCAAAGCGUCCCAUUUAUAAACAAUAAAUCUUUCAAUCAUUCAAUCAAACUUUCACAUCUUUGACAUGGCGAACAGCAUUCGUGCAGAGUACAAAUAAUACAACGGUGCAAAGUAAUACAAAGUGCUCGCCUGUUAUCAAAAUAACCAGCCUACCGGUAUAUGAAAAGUCAGUCUUUAAUCAUUGUGUCAUCGUCUUCCUCCUGCGUACUAAAACCACCGAAAUCCUCUUCGUCGGUGUCGGAGAAGAACAGGCCGUAAAUAAGCCGCACCCUUGUAUAAGCCGCAGGGACCAGAACAAGGGGAAAAAGUAGCGGCUUAUAGUCCGGAAAUUACGGUACUUACACUUACAAUGUCUCCAAGGCAGAAGUGCAUUAGAAAGUACCCAAUAACAUGCGUGUCAGUAUCAUUCAAUAUACUGCGUCACUUAAUUUAUGAAAUUUCGUAACCACUAGGUGUGCCAAAACACAAAUUACCACUCCACAUUUCAAAAGCAUAAAUCUGUCAUAAGGUGUUUUUAUACAUACUAUUGUUUUCUGAGUAAUUUCACUUGAUCAUACCUUUUCUAAUGUUCCACACUACAAAAUAACAAAAGUAUGUAUAGGAUUCUUGCUGGUAUAGUAUCAGAUUAAUAUCAGUAUCGGCCAACCGAUAUCGGCAAUAUCGGUAUCGAAUCAGAAGUGAAAAAGUCGUAUCGGGACAUCCCUAAUUAAUGUGUUGAAAAAACACAUUUGUUCUAUAGAAACGUCCAUAUUUAUAGUCAUAUUAUCUGGGAUGUUUUUUUUUAAUUGUAUGAAAGUACAAUAUCUGUUUUAAUUCUUGCUACUUUUUUUUUGUUGCAGGAUCUUUCAAAAACUCAAAUAAGGGGAAACAUUUUCAGUAUUCACACAAGAAUUAAGAAAUGUGUUUGUUUGUUUGCAUGCUUGCGUUGGGCGGCACAAAAAUCUAUGCUGGAUCUGCGGUCGAUCAAAUUAGAUCAAGUGUAAAACUCCAGUUACUACAAUGUAGCAAAUAUUUAGUUUUCCAUGUGUUUAACGCUGAAUGUCACCUCAACAGAAACAGAAACUGGACAAAACACAAAAAGCGCCAAACAUGAUUUGGCUUUGCUCGUCUCUCAUGUGCUUGCAUGUCUCAAAAAAUGUCAUUACUGUAUGAACAUGCAUAACUGAUAUUUGUCACUAAUUUAGCAAAUGUAUCCUCCCAGGUCAUUAUUACGUACACUGGCACUUAUCUUACUAAAUCAAACACGAUAAUUACAAACACUGCCUUUAAUCUCCCCCUCAUGCAGCCAAUAACACCCACAAAUGUUAGAAACACAUCAGAAUUUUUUUUUUUAUUAUUUGCUGACUGUCACUCAAAGUGAAGCAUUAUUAUAUGUUUAUGUUUGAUACAGCUCUUGUAUUGUAGCUUAUACAAAGUAUCACAGGUGUACAGGUGUUGUGGUCAGUGAGUAUAUACUGUAUGUAUUCAUCAUGUAUGCAUCGUCAGUGCUCCAGUGUACAAUAAAUAUUGUGUGGUUGUA